CUUAGUGUGUAUUUGUGCUCAAACAAGUUUUUAUUUUUAUUUAAUUUAAACCAUCACUCUUCUUCUUCUUUCCCCCAACUCACGUACUACAUUGUUGUUGCCCUUUGCUUCCCCCAUUCACGAACAACACACACAAUAAAAAAAUAAAAAUCGCUGCACCAGACCAUCGCCGCACCUGCCACCGCAGCCACCAUCGCCUAGAACACCGUCGCCCAGCCAGUUUACUCUAAACCCUCGUAAGGUCUGCCCUACCCCAUAAUUAGACGAUCGUACAAAGCCUCAGCCCAUUUAUUAUUAGUAGGAUGGUCAUGGGUCAUGGGACUCAUGGCUUCUAAUAGGAUCCAAGGCGUCCAACCCAUUGAAUUGCUCUAUUAAAGCGCAUUCAACGUUCUCCAUUGAAGCGCAGUUGCCGUUCUCCGUUGAAUCUAGUUCUUGUAUACCCCAUUGAAGCAGCUUCUGAGGAUUCAACUAUGAAAUCAGAGCUCUUUUCCCUGGGCCCAGGGUUGCCGCCCCUCCUGCCCUUCCUCAGGGACGGGCCUGGUUAAGAGUGAAUACAGAUUGAAUUUUAAUUUAGAAUUCUGUAUAGUUUUGCUGAUUUUUUUUUGGUGAAAUUGACAUAAUGUUAAUGUGAAAUGAAACUUGUACAAAUCAAAUAGCUAAUUAAUCUGUAAUUAUAUUAAGCUACCCCCCUUGAUAUUGUUGUUCCUAAGUAAAUGACUAAUCUUUAAUUCUAUAGUUGAAAUAACAGGACAUUUUUUUCUUUAAUCGAUUGGGAGUUAGAUUUUAACUUUGUAUUGUUCUUUUUGGUUUUGAAUUGACUGCCUUUUUUAAGUGAUCAAAUGUCAGAACUGUGUAUGCCAAUCUAGGCUGAAGUUUAGUCGGCUUUGAUUGAUUUUGGGUCGGGUUAGUUUUUCCUGGCGUUUAAAAUUAAAUGUUACUAGAAGUAUGGCCAAAUAAUGAAGUAAAAAUUUGGGAGAGGAUAGGAUGCAUACGAAGUAUUGGGGAACAAUAUAAGGGAGGUUUACAGACUUUCUCUUUCUCAAGUCUGGACUCCUUUCCAUAGUUCUAACCAUCAAUCUUUAUCUUCAACUUGGUCUCCGUCUCUCCGAUCUAGCCAUUAGAGCUUCAUCUUGCUUGUGUUUAAAUCUUUGGUUUGGGAUUCCUCUCUUUUUUCUUCUGUCACAAAUUUGGCUAUUUUGUCAUUUUUAUGCCUGCCUCAAACUAUAGAUUUUCCCCCUUUUUCUUUCUUUCCAUUAAAUUUGAGGAUCGAAAAUCAAAAGAGAAAGGGUUACAGUUAGAUGCAGUCCUCUUUUUUAUAUCUGAUGAAAACCCCGUCAUUCUUAAUUUUAAUUUUUGUGAAACUCUCAGCUUUUUUUUUUCUUUUUGUUUUUAUGUGUUAAUUUCAAUUGUUUUGUGGCUUGUGUCACUUGUGUGCAAUGAUCUCGAUUUGAUAGGGGUGGAUGGGGUUUUUUAGAGUAGAUUUUGCUUUAUGAUUGUCAUGGGUUGAAAUUGAGGAAAUUCUUGCAGAAUGAUAUCUAUUAGAAAAAACAACAUAACGAUAUUUGUUGGCCCAGUGCAGGUAAUUUGUGCGAGACAAUCUAAUUGUUAUUCUGUGAUCACCAAUUGAAAUUGGUUAAGUGUUCGUUGGUGGUUUUCAUGCUAUGCUUAUGAAUCAAACUGAAACCAUGGUGUAAACUGAUGUACUUUCUUUUUGAGCUUAUGUGUAUGUGCGUGUUGGCUGUAUCCUUGUUAUGUCACUAUCUUUAGUAACUAGUUUGUCUACUUGAUCAUCUCAACUCAUAUUGGUACAUCUCAUUUGCUAUUUAGUGACUGAAAUCUUGAAUCAAUUGGAUUACGUUCAAAUUUGGUUUGUCUAUUAGACUUUGAUGAAGAGAUGUUUUGAGCAUUUGGGUUUUUACUUCUUAUAACUAUUCUCUAUUUUAUUCAAAUAUAAGUUCUUAUUUCCAUUCAAUGCAAUUUGGGUUGCUAUUAUUUCCAUUAACGUUUGCUGCAGAAUUAGUUGGCUUAUUGGCAGUAAAUGAUCUAGGAUUCGUAGUUCAUUGAUCCCACGAUAAUUCCUUUGAAUGGGAGAAGAUCAAAGUUAAUUUAACCAAAUGGGGUGACUAGAGAGUGUUUGGUUGUGUAAAACAUUAUGCUGGGAAAUUAUUUUUAUUUCGGGGUGAAAAAGUUUCCUCUGUGAAACAGUGUAAGGAAGGGAACUAGUUUGUAGUUAUAUUUUUCCUGAUAUAGUAUUUUUCCAUGGAGGAACAUCAAUUUUCCUUAAAAGUGUUUUCUGGCCAACCAUUUAAAAAAGCUUUAUUUAUCCAGAGUAGUCUAUUACUAUUCCUUCAAUUUUAUGUUGCUCUUAGUUAGAAUUUUGGAGAAAUAGAGGGCAAUUAAGGAUAAUGAUGUAUAUAAAAUAGUGGGUGGGUUGAAGCAACCCAAUUAGUAAAGUGGGAACAACAAUAUGAGAGAAAAGGAGUGUUAUUGUGUUUAAUAUAGUUGGGCAUUCAUUAUCCAAUAAUAGGAUUAUCCUACAUCAGAAGGUAUUUUAUGUAUACUUUGUCUCAGGUUUUUGUUUUGAAAGGUAAAAGAAGUGGCUUACAGCCAUAAUGGUGGAGUUGGCUGCUGAGAAGCAUGUCCAAUAUGUCAUAUCUGUCGAGAAGAAAAAGGAUGGAUUUGAAUCGGUGGUCAUGGAGCACCUUAGGAUGAAUGGUGCUUAUUGGGGACUGACAACGCUGGAUCUUUUGGGAAAGCUUCAAGUUGUGGAUCAAGAUGAAGUUAUUUCAUGGGUGAUGCAGUGUCAACAUGAGUCUGGUGGAUUCGGUGGUAAUAUCGGACAUGAUCCACAUAUUCUUUAUACUCUCAGUGCUGUUCAAGUUCUAGCUCUGUUUGAUAAGAUACAUAUUCUUGACGUUGCUAAGGUGACAAAUUAUAUUGUGGAGCUGCAGAAUGAGGAUGGAUCAUUUUCGGGAGACAUCUGGGGUGAAGUGGAUACUAGAUUUUCAUAUAUUGCAAUCUGUUGUCUGUCAUUGCUACAUCAAUUGGACAAAAUUGAUGUGGAGAAGGCUGUGAACUACAUUGUAAGGUGCAAAAACCUUGAUGGGGGAUUUGGAUGCACGCCUGGUGGGGAAUCACAUGCAGGACAAAUUUUUUGCUGUGUUGGUGCUCUUGCUAUAACGGGCGCUCUGCAUCAUGUUGACAAGGACCUCUUGGGUUGGUGGUUGUGUGAGCGCCAAGUGAAGUCAGGAGGUCUAAAUGGUCGACCAGAGAAGCUUCCAGAUGUCUGCUACUCAUGGUGGGUACUUUCUAGUUUGAUUAUGAUCGACAGAGUUCACUGGAUUGACAAAGAAAAGCUUGUUAAAUUUAUCUUAGACUGCCAGGAUUUAGAGAAAGGAGGAAUCUCAGAUAGGCCAGAUGACGCUGUCGAUGUUUUCCACACUUACUUCGGAGUUGCAGGUCUGUCACUUCUUGAGUAUCCUGGAGUGAAAGCCGUAGAUCCUGCCUAUGCAUUACCAGUUGAUGUGGUGAAUAAGAUUCUAAUUGGCUCAUAAAACCAUCUUAUGAUAUAUUGGAGCUAUGCCUGUUUGGAUCUACAAGAACUUAGACUUGCACGUCGAGUUCUCUUUCUGUUACUGAGAAUAAUGGGCUAUCGAAUUUGAUGGUUUUAGGGAAGAAAACAAAUUGUGGUGAACUAUCUUGUUUUAUCAUAAUUGAACCUUUAUCAAUUGGCUUUCGCUAUGGUUUGACUAUAAUGUGAUGAGAAGUUCACCGCUAUUGUGCUAACAA